CCAUCUGACCUUACCCCUCUGUCUCUUUGUCAGCUACUGCACUUCUUUUUUCUCAUUAAAUAUUUUUGUUCCACAUUAUAGAUAUCUGGGCUCAGCUUGGCUUCUUCCCUACUCAUCCCCUCCAUUAAAGCUUAUCUCCUACUCUCUCUCUCUUUCUCCAUCUUUAAAACCAUCAAUUGAUUCCCUGCCCUUCCCAUACCAACCACAAAGCAGAGCCCAAAAGCAGAGAAAGAAAGAUAAAUUAAUGCUCUAAGAAUCAUUCUUUUCUGCUUUUCUGGAUUCUAUAUACCCAAAUGGAUUCAUAUGAUUGCGAUUACUUCAUGAAGAGAAGCCAUGUGCCGCCGUUCGGCAGCUGGGAUUGCGACGGCGACUUCCCGAUUCCGUUCACUCAGUGCUUUGAGUCGGCGAGACAGGCCGGGCUUCUCCGGUACAGCUACUCCGAAGACCGGGAUUUGUACGUCACCGGCGACUUGUACGAGAACGACGUUGUCACUCCGACCAUGAUUGUCGUCCCCCGUCGCAGGGGAAAAGGAGGAAAAAGUGGAGGAAAAAAGGAAGCUUGGACGGUGGACGGCUGUGAUUAUGAUUGUGGAGUGGUUGUGAAGACGCCGCCCAGCCCUGUUCCGCCGUCUAAAGCCGUGGAUGAAGAUCUUUAUCAGAUUUCUCCCGACCUUCUCUACGCAAGCACCAAACGGCGGAAGAGAUCAUGGGGAUUCUUUUCGAGCUGCUUGAGACCAGUUUGCUUGUAAGAUCUGAGUGAUGAAGAAAGAAGAGAAGCAAGGCUAUGGGUGUUUAGCAUGCAUUUGAAUGAUGCUGAUUUGGGCCAUUAAUAUUUGAUUAUUUCACAAACCAGCAAAAGAAGAGAACACAUAUAUAUAUUCCAUGUAAGAUGAUUAGAUAAUGAUGAUAGUAAUGCUGCUUCAUUCCAUCCAUUGGAUCAUUAUAAUCAUCAUCAUCAUCAUCAUAUCUUAAUUAGGGGGUGGGAGUGAAGAAUAAAACAGUUGUAUGUUACGUCGUUGUAGCUUAGUUAAGGGGGGGUGGGGGUAGCUAGCUAGCCUGCCUUCCUGUCCCUCCCUGUCUCUGUUAAAGUUAAUACUCCGUAUGUUUUGCAUCGUUUCUGUUCUCGACUGCUUUGUAAAAAAUUACUAUUUCAGACAGUAAUGUUGGAAGGAGAUGGAUGGAGGUUACUAUUUAUUUACUGUAAACGCACACUGUAGUGUAUGGAUAGUAUCCUGACAUCCUGCAUGGAAUACUUUAUUAGUUUCUCUAUGUACGUACAUAGCUAUUCUGUAUACAACUUGUGGACAUUUGUACAAUUCUUCACACGUACAAGAAACCACAAAUGUUUACAAAUGUUUAAAUAUGGAAUGUUUAAAAGUUGUCACAUAUCACGUACAUUUGGGUUGCCAAGGACAUAAGAAUAUCAGGAGCUCCUAAAGAGAAGAUCUGUGCGGACAAGCCUAUUAGAGGGUCUUCCUGAUGGAAUUUUUUAAUGAAAAUUUUGAGCAUGUUCCUCAUCAAGUAUAGUUUGUCUAUAUCAAAUUUCAGUUCAAAAUUCGAUCGGGAAGACAGUCAAAUAAAUCUUGGAAACAUACUGCACAUUAUAUGUGCGCAGAAUGCGUCAUAUUUUUCCAGGAUUUAUUUGACUGCCUUCCCGAUCGAAUUUUGAGCUGGAAUUUUGUAUGGACAAACUAGACUUGAUGAAGAACAUGCUCAAAAAAUUUCAUAAAAAGGAAGACCCUCUGAUGAUCUUGUC